ACUAAAAUUAGAGCAAUGUCGAAAAUGUUCUUCAAUCGGGCAAGACCAGAAGCUACUUCAUUUGGAGUAGUGAAAACCCAAUUUCGAACUCAAUUUAAAAUCAAUUUAUCAAUCACAAAGUUUAAGCAUAAAAUGGAUGAACUCCCAGCUACGGCAGACACAGCAACAAUUACAAUAGACAUAAGCGACAGCAACAACAACAAUAGCAAUUGCAGCAGUAGCAACGCUGGGGAUACUCCUCCAAAAGUCAGCGCGUUCUUCAGCAGCAGCAGCAACUAUCAGAGCCGGGUGCAGCAGCUGAUCAGCUUCAGUUUCACGUCGUCGUUCCAUUUAAUCUUCAUCACAUCGAUACUGAGCAUAAGCAAAUUCUGCAAUGCCGCCGCCGUGAAUGCCGCCCAGGUGACCGCAUCGGCGCCCAGUCCCAGUUUAAUUAUAUCAAAUCUGAGCGGAUCGGCGCUGCUCGAGAGAAUCAUGAAGACGACGACGCUGGGCCCGCAGCUCGACAAGCUCAAGAGCUCAGCGCCCGCCGCGGCGAACAGCAUAAGUGGGAGCAGUGCUGGUGGCAACAGCUUCGGCUCAUCCUUCUUCAACAGCAAAGGCAUCAACCUGAGCAGGGACUUUUCCUUCCAGAAUGUCUCGGGCAAGAUAAACACGCCAUUGGAUAUAUCUCAAAGCCUGCCACACUAUUGCGAUGAGAAACAGUUCCACUGCAAGCAGAGCGGCGAAUGCAUACCCAUUCGAUUCGUCUGCGACGGCGAGAUAGACUGCAAGGAUCACAGUGACGAGCUGAUCGAGCAAUGUAAAUUUAAAGAAUCCACUUGCGGCAUUGAACAGUUCCGGUGCAACAACGGCAAGUGCAUACCCAACAAAUGGCGUUGCGAUCGGGAGAGCGACUGUGCCGAUGGCUCGGAUGAGGCACCCGGUCUUUGCAAGAGCAAAACGUGCUCCCCGGACGAGUUCGCUUGCAAGAGCGGCGAGGGCGAGUGUAUUCCUCUUGCCUGGAUGUGCGAUCAGAGCAAAGAUUGCAGCGAUGGCAGCGACGAGGCCACUUGUAAUAUCACCUGCCGCUCGGACGAGUUCACGUGCAAUAAUAGCCGCUGCAUCCAGAAGCGUUGGGUCUGUGAUCAGGAUAACGAUUGUGGCGAUGGCAGCGAUGAGCUCGCCUGCCCCAAGGUCGAGUGCCCCAAAAACACCUCAUUCAGCUGCAGCAAUGGCGCCUGCAUCACCAGGGCCUGGGUCUGCGACGGCGAGGAGGACUGCGAGGAUGGCGGCGAUGAGCGCGGCUGCGGCACUGUUUCCCAGACUAUAACACCCUGCCAGCCGAACGAGUUCCAGUGCAAGGAUCGCAUCACCUGCCUGCACCAGAGCUGGGUCUGCGACGGCGAUCGCGACUGUCCCGAUGGCGACGAUGAGCACGCCUCCAGCUGCAAGAACGUGACUUGCCGGCCGGAUCAGUUCCUGUGCGAUGACCUCAGCUGCAUUGCCGGACACCUCACCUGCAACGGCCAGAGGGACUGCCGCGAUGGCAGCGAUGAGCGCGACUGCCGCGUGUCGGCCGAGCUGAAGCGCUGUAAUGCGACCAGCCAAUUCGACUGUGGCGGCGGCCAGUGCAUUGCCCUGUCGCAGGUCUGUGACAGGCGCAAGGAUUGCCCCGAUGGCGAGGAUGAGCCGGCGAACAAAUGUGGCAUCAACGAGUGCGAGGUACGUAACGGCGGCUGCAUGCACCGCUGUGUUGAUCAGCCGGUGGGCUACCGAUGCGAGUGCCACGCUGGCUACAAGCUGACGAGCGAUGGCCAUCAUUGCAUGGACAUCAACGAGUGCGAGGAGCCUGGCGUAUGCUCCCAGAUCUGCGUUAAUGAAGUUGGCGGCUUCAAGUGCGAAUGCGAAGCGGGCUACAUGAGGGAUUCACAUAAUCGCACGCGCUGCAAGGCAACCGAAGGACACGCUUCGCUCCUGCUCGCACGACGUCACGACAUACGCAAGAUAGCGUUGGAUCACAUGGAAAUCACGUCCAUCGUGAACAACACCAAGGCAGCGACUGCCCUGGACUUUGUGUUCCGCACGGGCAUGAUCUUCUGGAGCGACGUCAACACACAGAGCAUCUACAAGGCGCCCAUCGACGAGGGCAACGAGAAGACUGUCGUGCUGAAGAAGUCGUCGGUUACCUCGGAUGGCCUGGCCGUCGACUGGAUCUACAACCAUGUCUACUACACAGACACCCACAAGUGCACCAUCGAGCUGACCAACUUUGAUGGAAACAUGGGCAAGGUUCUGAUUGAGGAUGCGCUCGACAUACCUCGCUCGAUUGCGCUCGAUCCCAUCGAGGGCUGGAUGUACUGGUCGGACUGGGGUGCCUCGCCGCGCAUCGAGCGCGCCGGCAUGGAUGGAUCCCAUCGCACAACGAUCAUCAACUAUGACGUGAAGUGGCCCAAUGGCAUCACCUUGGAUCUGGUGAGGAAGCGCAUCUACUGGGUGGAUGGCAAGCUGAAUAUCAUCUCCUCGGCCAACUACGAUGGCUCGCAGCGCAGACAGAUCCUGUACUCGACGGAGUAUCUGCGGCAUCCCUUCUCCAUCACCACCUUCGAGGACUACAUUUACUGGACCGACUGGGACAAGCAGACGGUCUUCAAGGCCAACAAAUUCACCGGAGAAGACGUAGAGCCCAUCACGGCAGUGCACAUGUUGCAGCAUCCCAUGGUCAUCCAUGUGUAUCAUCCGUAUCGCCAGCCCGAUGGCAUUAAUCACUGUCAGUCCGUGAAUGGACACUGCUCGCAUCUCUGUCUGCCUGCGCCCCGCAUUAACGAGCGCAGUCCGCGCAUCUCCUGCGCCUGUCCCACAGGUCUCAAGCUUAUGCCGGAUGGCCUUAUGUGCGUCGAGGAUCUUAAGCCCACGCGGCGCUUAAAUACAACGACGACACGCGUCAAAGUCGCGCAGCCGAACCGAACACUCGCCAAACUACCUCAAGAUGCGCCCAGUUUACCGCCUGACAAUGCUGGAAACUCUGUAAAUACAACACAUACGGACGGAGACAGCGCUGAGACGGCGCAGCAACCGGAGGGCAACAGCAAAGCAAUAGCACUGGUUAUCGUCGGAACUGUUGCAUCCGUAACUUUAGUCAUAGGCGCCUUCUAUUGGCUAUUAAGGCAAUAUCCAAAGCGCGGAAAUACAAUGAACUUUUCGAAUCCCACGUACAAUAAGACAACAGAGGAUACAUUUAGCCUGGAGAAGAACGCCUCCAUUAAUCGAUGCGGCUCAGCCAUAGAGGAAGAGACUCCACUUCAGGGCACAGAGGUUGUCUAGAAAGACAUGAUAAGUAGGCCGUAUACAUAUAUAUAGCGAGACAUAUCCAAGUAGUCUGCCUCUAUCAGCAGCAGCAGGCUCAUAGCUACAACAACAAAGAACUCCUAUUAUCAAGUCCUUUAAGUUUAAGGCACCUCACUCAAAGAAACAAAGAGCAAAACUUUUGCUUAGCAAGUAGUAAGAAGCAUGCCAAAAAGACAACAAACAGCCAACAAUCACUACAACAACAACAACAGAAACAAAACCCAGAAUAUCCACUAGAAAUUUCAAUUACAUAAACUACAAAUAGAGCCUCAGAAAUGAAACUCUUAUCUUGGGGAAAAGAAAAUACUCAACAAAUUCAAUUUGUUGCCUAGUUUAAAACUUAAUUUUAAAUUUAAAAAAAUAAAACCACAUGAAACACGCCCACGCCCACAACUAAUACGAAAAACUUUGUUCUAGGCGCAACGUUUAGAGAUCAACUAAAGAGCGUCAACACACAGACACACACACAUACAUACGCUCGCCCAUCACUCUCUCACACACACCACACCUCACGCACCCACACAUUUGUAUGUACCUUCACAGUCCCACACGCACACAUACACUCACCGAAGCGAGACAUACACACGCUCAACAUUUCGUUUUAAGUACAUGAAAUAAAUUGUAAAAAGUUGAAAGUUUAAAUAAAAGGAAAUAUGAAGUCA